GUGUCCUCCUAGUUCAGAUGGAGACAGCAAGUUCCUCUGGCUCCUGGCUCUCCCGCUGCCUCAUCGCACUGGUCUCCCUCCAGCUGCCCAUACACGUGUCAGGGGACUCCGGCAAGUUCCACCUGGCCCCGCUAGGGGGCACAGCCAAGCUGCUCUGCCCUCUCUCGCUCUGGUCGGUGCCGACGCUCACCGAGGUGCGGUGGCUGCGGUCCCCGCCCCGGGGGCUCUCCCAGGUUGUUCACGCGUUGCGGGAUGGCCGAGUCCGCGAGGAAGAUGUGGCACCGGAGUAUAAGGGGAGGACGGCGCUGGAGAGAGACGAGCAAGAGGGAAAUGUCACACUGGAGAUCCGCAACGUCCGGCUGGAGGACCGAGGGCAGUACCGAUGUCAGGUCCGGGUAGCAAACAUGACUCGGGAGGGCACCGUGGUCCUGCAGGUUGCAGUUCUAGGCUCCGACCCCUACAUCCACGUGAAGGGCUACGACGCUGGAUGGAUCCAGCUGGUGUGCAGGUCGGUAGGAUGGUUCCCCAUGCCUUGGGCCGAGUGGAGAGACCCUCAAGGCAGGGUGCUUCCAUCCGAGCCCGAGGCCCCUUCCCUGGACAAAGCCGGGCUCUUCAAAGCAGCGGUGUCCAGCAAAGUCAGGGACAGCACCGUGGGCAGCGUGUCCUGCACCCUCCGCAACGUGGCCCUUGGUCAAGAGAAGACCACAGCCAUGCUCAUAGCAGCCCCAUCUCCAGGGAGGAUCUCCCCCUCAGCAGUGGCUCUUGCUGUGAUCCUGCCUGUCCUGGUGCUUCUCAUCGUGGUGGGCAUUUGCCUCAUCUUGAGGGAAAGACGAUCAAAAGAGAAGCUUCUGUAUGAACAGGUGACGGAGGUAGAAAAUCUUCUCUCAGACCAUGCAAAAGAAAAAGGAAGACUCCAUAAAACCCUCAAGAAACUCCGGAGUGAACUGAAGUUUAAAAGAGCUGCAGCCAACUCAGGCUGGAGGAGGGCCCGGCUGCACUUCCUGGCGGUGACCCUGGACCCCGACACUGCGCAUCCCAAACUCAUCCUGUCUGAGGACCGCAGAAGUGUGAAGCUGGGGGACAGAAGGCAGCCUGUGCUCGACAACCCCCAGAGAUUUGACUUCGUCGUCAGCGUCCUGGGCUCCGAGUCCUUCAUGGCUGGUUGUCACUACUGGGAGGUGUAUGUGGGAGACAAGACCAAGUGGAUCCUGGGGGUGUGCAGUGAUACCGUGAGCAGAAAGGGGAAGGUCACCGCCUCUCCUGCCAAUGGACACUGGCUUCUGCGACAGAGUCGUGGGACCGAGUAUGAAGCUCUCACGUCCCCGCAGACCUCCUUCCGCCUGAAAGAGUCCCCGCGCUGCGUGGGCGUUUUCCUGGACUACGAAGCAGGAACCAUCUCCUUCUACAAUGUGACCAACAAAUCCCACAUCUUUACUUUCACCCACACGUUCUCUGGCCCCCUUCGACCUUUCUUUGAACCUUGCCUUCAUGAUGGAGGGAAAAACAAGGCACCGCUAAUCAUCUGCUCAGAACUCCAGAAAUCAGAAGAAUCGGUUGUCCCCAAGCCAAAUGAAAAAGGCCAUGCUAACGGAGAUGUGGUCCGGAAGGUGGACUCUUCCCAUCUCCGGAAGGUGGACUCUUCCCUCCUGCCCCCUGACCUUGGCCCGGCCCUCCGGGGGCUCAAGGUUCCUUCUUUUUAGGGAGGUAUGUCAUUAGCUGCUCCUCUGAACAUCCAGCCCAGUGCUCUGGAUUUCAGUCUCCUGGCCCAACACGAUUCUGAAACAGCUCAUCUCCUUUCCCCAAAUCCAGAGCCUUUUGUGGUUCUGUUCAUGCCACCUUGGUCCCAGUUCUAAACCCUGUCUCCUUCUGGGGACUUGAAGUUCCCAUUGCCCUGGAAGAAUUCUUGAAAACCAAAUGAACAAUCAGAUUAGGUUUAGGUGGCAAUGUUGAGUGUGUGUCACUGAGAUCCAGGGGUUCUCCAUUCAAGGGGCUAUUUUUUUUUUUUUUUGUAUCCUCAACCGAGGACAUUUUUU